AUCAGUGCCUAAAGGAAACUACUAAUCAUAUACAGAGUUGAUGUCACCAACUGAUUGAAGUCCUUUCCCAGGCCUUUUCUUGUUGGCCUGCAGCACUUUAUCAGAUUUAUGCAGCUUUGGGGCAGAGAAGUUGACCAUUAACCUCCCCUCCUGAUUGCAGACACCUCUUCACUUGUAAGCAGCUGCUUCUGCACAGUGGAUCCUGAGGCAAAGUUCACUGUCACAAGCUGCAGGAGUCUGUCAGACGGAUCGACUUAUAUUUCUCUCAGUUUUUUGUAGGACUAUCUGCAACCUGCAAUCAUGGCUACAGCGAAUUACGGAUACUACAGAGGAACUAUAUUUCUGGCCAUGUUUGUAGGCUACACGCUGUACUAUUUUAGCAGAAAGACUUUCUCCUUCGUGAUGCCUUCUCUAAUGCAAGAAAUUGAGCUGGAUAAGGAUGACCUGGGCAUGAUCACCAGCAGUCAGUCUUUGGCCUACGCUAUCAGUAAGUUCAUCAGCGGCGUGCUUUCAGACCAGAUCAGCGCCCGUUGGCUCUUCUCCAUUGGCCUGUUCAUGGUGGGAGGCAUCAAUGUGGUCUUUUCCUGGUCCUCCACUGUUGCUGUUUUCUCUGCCUUGUGGUUUCUCAACGGCCUUGGCCAGGGCCUUGGCUGGCCUCCCUGUGGCAGGGUGCUGCGCAAGUGGUUUGAGCCCUCUCAGUUCGGGACAUGGUGGGCAAUUCUGUCCUGCAGCAUGAAUCUGGCUGGCAGCUUGGGCCCCAUUAUUGCCACAGUGCUGGCUGAGAGUUACAGCUGGAGGGUGAUACUGUCGGUCUCUGGAAUGAUUUGUGUGGCGGUCUCCUUUGUCUGUCUGCUGGUCAUCAAGAAUGAGCCGAAGGAUGUGGGGCUGCCCAAUAUAGAAGCAGCGGCCAAGAAGAGCACAGGAGGAUCCUCCAGUAAUGAAAGCACCCUGUCCGAGUUUCUGCUGUCACCUUACCUGUGGCUGCUGUCUGUGUCCUACCUGGUGGUGUUCGGGGUGAAGACCGCCUGCACCGACUGGGGCCAGCUGUUUCUCAUUCAGGACAAGGGCCAGUCUACACUCAUGGGUAGCUCAUACAUGAGUGCCCUGGAGGUUGGAGGCCUGUUGGGAAGUCUCGCAGCAGGUUACCUCUCUGACAAGGCUGUGGCCAGACAAGGCAUGAGAAUCUAUGGCAAUCCUCGCCACUUCAUCCUGAUCUGCAUGAUGGCUGGAAUGUUUGUGUCCAUGUACCUGUUCAGAGUCACAGUUACCCCCGACAGCUCAAAGGUGUGGAUACUCAGCUUGGGUGCUGCUUUUGGUUUCUCCUCUUAUGGACCAAUAGCAUUGUUUGGAGUUAUAGCCAAUGAGAGUGCCCCAUCCAACUACUGUGGGACAUCACACGCCAUUGUUGCCCUGAUGGCCAACAUUGGUGGUUUCCUGUCUGGACUUCCAUUCAGCACAAUUGCCAAGCACCAUGGCUGGGCUACAGCCUUCUGGGUAGCAGAGAUCGUCUGUGGCAUCACCGCUGUUGGAUUCUUCCUGCUGCGCAACAUCCGAACCAAGAUGGGUCACAUGUCCAAGAAGGCAGACUAAAACAUCAUGACACCUCAUCCUCUGCACCCAGGGGAAAACUGAAUAUUUUUAGGCAUCGCUGUAUUGUCAUAUUUUUCUUACUUGUUUUUGGGUUUUUUUUAUAUCACAGUAUUUUUUCAGUCAUACAGCACAGGUUUUAAAGAAGCUCAUAGAAGUUGAGCAUCUUUUGCUUCAAACACCUGUUUUGUAAGGUGUUUCUCGACAUACAGUCUGUAAACACUGCAUGCAUAAUGCAACAAGGGAAUAUAAAUGACUACACAUUAUGGAUGUCAUACAAUGGAAUGUGACAAAAUCACAACUAGAGAAAAGGUUUUCUCUCCUAAGACCACCGAGGCAUUACAGUGACAAGAGGACAAAAGUGGAACCAAAAAAUUGGAACCUGGUUUAGAAACUGGUAUAUUAUACAAUAUUUGUGUUUUUAAUAAUGUAAUAAUGAAUCAUGAAUGGAAUUACAAGACCUAUACAAUGCUUAUCUAUUUUAAGGGAAGGACAAUGUGUGGUCUUUAUUAUGGGAACAGUCGAAGGCUUGAAUAAAUGAUGUUAUGUUU